AUGCUGAUCAACAACUCGUUGUCGGGGGUGGCCUUGGCAUUAAAUGCCAUGAUUGACCACCUCUAUAACCACAAGGAGCAGGUGGAAGUGUUGUUGGCCUUUGGCGCCAGCCCUUGGGAAGCGGCCUGGCCGGGAUUCGUGAAGAGCGUCCAGGCGGCCUUGAUCCCUGCCAUCAAUGGCAUGAAUGUCGUGGGUCUGGUCUCAAUCCCUGGAAUGAUGACCGGACAGAUCUUGGGAGGCGCUCCGCCUAUGAAGGCGGCGAAGUACCAGAUCGUCAUCACCUUCUUGAUUUCUGGCAGUUCCUUUGCUGCUCUGUGCCUCAUUUGUGCCUUCACCAUCCAAGCCUUCUUCGAUCAUCAGGGCCGUCACGAUGAUAGUGAAGUGAAACCACAGUCAAGGCUAAACAUUGCUAAACUGUUGGACCUGAGUCGCCUCUGCCCUUCGAAGACCAAGGUUCCACAGGCCACUGUAGCAGCUACACCUUUAUUGGCAGAUUCUGCAUCGCCCUUGGUGUUGCAACCCAGCUGGGAGAAACCCGGUGAAGGCGAUGUCAUUUUGGACUUGUCCUUGGAGGGCCUGGUUGGAAAGCUUCGACCACUGAAGGUCCAGUUGAAGGUCCGCGGGGGCCAAGUCCUUUGUUUGAUGGGCCCCAGUGGAGUUGGAAAAUCCACCAUUUUGAAAUGGAUUGCAGACCUCACCUCCUCGCAAAGCUCGAGGAGUUUGCGUGGGCAGUCCGAAACCAUCAUGCCACAACGCUGGCGCCGUGAGGUGCUUUAUUUGCACCAGAUCAAAGCGCCCUUGCCGGGCACGCCGGCCACUUUCAUUCAGGCGGUGGAGAAGCUACAAGCGAACGCUGGCCGCCCUCCUUUGCAGGUUGCGCCACUGUUGCAGUCCAUUGGCUUGGAGGAAAGCAUGCUGGAGCGGCCGUGGUCCGAACUCUCCGGAGGUGAGAACCAGCGGAUGAUGUUCGCCAUCGCAAUGGCCACAGCACCUGCAUGUUUGGUGUUGGAUGAGCCCACAAGUGCCUUAGAUGAGGCUUCGAAGUUGUUGGUGGAAGAGAUGUUGAAGAAACGAGGCAACGACUCGUGCAUAAUCAUGGCAACUCACGAUGCUCAGCAAGCUGAACGGGUAGGCUCCUCCUUAUGGACUUUUUCCGUCACGCCCUGA